GCCCCCGCGCGGCGCUGCGGAACCGGAGCUCCGGGCGGAGUCGACAGCGGCGCGGGAGGCGGCGAGGCCGGGGUGGCAGGAGCCCGCGAGGCGACCGGAGCAAGAGCCGCGGGGACGGAGCAGACCACGACGAAGGCGCACAGGCAGCCAGGCCGGGCCUGGCCACUGGGAGAGCGGCCGCCGGGAAGCGGGCGGGAGGCCGGGCGGGCAGCGGGCAGCCGCCGAGCCGCGAAGCGACAUGGUGCUGCUCAAGGAGUAUCGAGUCAUCUUGCCUGUGUCUGUAGAUGAGUAUCAGGUGGGGCAGCUGUAUUCUGUGGCUGAGGCCAGUAAAAAUGAAACAGGUGGUGGUGAAGGUGUGGAGGUCCUGGUGAAUGAACCAUAUGAGAAGGAUGGUGAGAAAGGCCAGUACACACACAAGAUCUACCACCUACAGAGUAAAGUACCCACGUUUGUUCGAAUGCUGGCCCCAGAGGGAGCCCUGAAUAUACAUGAAAAAGCAUGGAAUGCCUACCCUUAUUGCAGAACCGUUAUUACAAAUGAGUACAUGAAAGAAGACUUUCUGAUUAAAAUUGAAACCUGGCACAAACCUGAUCUUGGCACCCAAGAGAAUGUGCAUAAACUGGAGCCUGAGACUUGGAAACAUGUGGAAGCCAUAUAUAUAGACAUUGCAGAUCGAAGCCAAGUUCUUAGUAAGGAUUACAAGGCAGAGGAAGACCCAGCAAAAUUUAAAUCUAUCAAAACAGGCCGAGGACCAUUAGGCCCCAACUGGAAGGUGCAGUUCAUACCCUUACCACCAGGAGGUCGGGCACUGUGUGGGUGGGCCUUUCCCCAAGGAGAGGGAAUGGCUGGGGCUAGACUAAGGGACUGCCUGAGCUUUUUCCUCUUAGUUACUAGCCUGCCUCCGGGUAUGUUUCUAAUGCAGCAAGAACUUGUAAACCAGAAAGACUGCCCAUAUAUGUGUGCAUACAAACUGGUUACUGUCAAGUUCAAGUGGUGGGGCCUGCAGAACAAAGUGGAAAACUUUAUACAUAAGCAAGAGAAGCGUCUGUUUACAAACUUUCACAGGCAGCUGUUCUGUUGGCUCGAUAAGUGGGUUGACCUGACAAUGGAUGAUAUUCGAAGGAUGGAAGAAGAGACAAAGAGACAGCUGGAUGAGAUGAGACAAAAGGACCCGGUGAAAGGAAUGACAGCAGAUGACUAAAGCCACCCUUCCCCCUUCUGCACUUUUUGCAAGACAGUGGUCAACAGGAAGGCCCAGCAGCUCCACCCUCUUGAGUGACAGGCCAUCUUCGGACGCAGCCUCUCUGUGCCCAUUCUUCAGGCAACUUUCAAUCCUUUACUGUAGCUAAUUCUAGAUGCCCUUUAAUAUUGUGAACAAACAGACCGUCUGAUAUUACAAAGACCAUGUGCGGGAGCCUGCUCCUCUGAGAUAUGUGGUGUGUAGGUUGCUGUAUUUACAGCUCCUCUCUCUCUCUCUCUCCAUUGUGUUCUGACCCAUUUCUAUGUGUACCCCCCAACCUUUAUUUCCAAGUGACAUUUUUAGUCUUUUCAAAAUAGCUGCCUUUUGUGAUGUGGUGAUUUAAGUUAAUUUGUUUUCAACCUUGGGACAAACUGAGGUAUUUUGCUUCCUGGACAGAUCUUUGCAAUUUUGAGUGCUCACUUGGGGAGAGAGGAUGAGUUGGAAAUACAGUUUUUCCCCCCACUUCCACACAACAGGAAUGUAGCUUCUUAACUCUGACUUCUAUUCCUAGUAUUCCUGUUGGUAAGAGUGGUCUAAGCACCAGGAGGAUAAUUAAGGCCCAGUCAGUCUUUGUUUAAGGAAAUCGAGCAAAUAAUAUAUAUUUGCCCAGUCAUUGCAUAUCUGGUCACUAUUCCUAGAAAGAACUGUGACUUCUUGGCCCUCCUGUUGCCCACUCCGUUUGAAUCUCUCUAAUCUAUAAAACACCCUGGUAACCUCUCCACCUACGGGGAGGGGGGAAUUGUCAAGUAUGGUCCUCAGAAUUGAGUUUGCCCCAUAGAUACAAAUCUAUCCAACCCCUGAGGAGCUCUGUAUGUCCACACUCCUCUUCCUUUUUGGGCUGGUGCUGCCACUCAGCAAUAAUCCUCUUUUCUCUAUGCUUUCAUAGAUCCCUGUCCUCUGUCUUUGAUGCUGAUUAGGAUGUAAGAGUCCUCAUCUUUUCAUGCUGUAAAAAAUUAGCAUGCAAAAAGCUUUUUUUCCCCAGCAGAACACGUACCCUCUUGUCUCCAAUCACUGGAAAGGAAUUUGUGGAUCAUGAACUCAGCUCGUCCUGCCCUCAUGCUGAGUUCUGUCCUGGACAAUCAAAAGCAAAGUGAUGGUAGUAUAGAACUCUACCAAAGUAAGCUGGUGAAGAAGUACAAGCUCCAGGGGUAUAAAAGCUGCCAAGUGCUUCACGGUUCCUACAGCUCAGCAGAACCUGAGUACGCCUUCCUGGUGGGAGAAUCUGAAAUAGCUGUGUUGACACCUGACAUUUCCCAAACCUUAUGAAGUUAGUUGGUUUGAGUAUGCAGUGAUCAAAGCCCAUGCUAUAGCCUGGGUGCCUCUGCUAAUGAGAGGGACCAAAUAUCUGUUAGGGGAGCAAGAAAUGGGAUGGGAUAAUUUAUCCUUAGGUUGCUAUCAGUUUGUUUGCCUUACUCAUUUAUAAGUGCAAUAAGGGAGUGUUUCACAGGAUUACACCUGUGACAACCUGACUGGAUGCUUUCCUGUGGUUCUCAAUGGGGCAAGGAUGGACAGAUUUGGGCCUCUCGGCAUGGUUAGCUCUGACCUUCAUUGAGGUCCCUUUGGGAUCAGAUGUUCUGUUACAGACACCUUCCUCUCUACUAGUCUCCUUAUCUUGGUGGUGGGGGGGGGUCUUUAUUGAUGGACUUGGGGCAUUUUGGUCGGUAAUUAAUAUCUCAACUGCUGGUAGUAUGUAUUGGACUGGGAAAGUUGGAGAAGUAUUCCUACUGGAGAAAUAUGUAAUUGUUUUUCUACAAGCUCUGUAUUACCCAUUAAUUAUAUUUGUGCUUAAAGAUUUUCCUUCUUCAUUCAUCAAGUAGGUGAAGUCCAGAUGUGAGUUACCUUGGGAGAAACUGAUACUCAGACAGUUGUUUGUGUGGUGUGAGGGUCAGCAGAUGUUCAUCUUCCUUCAGCUCUUCUUUGAGAUCCACACAUAUCAUGUCAGCUUUAUUGGGGGCUCACUCUUUAUCUGCCUGUUCUCUGGCUCCUCCUGCCUCCACCUAUUGCCCACAUUUGAAAGCAUCUAAAUGAGGUGAGCUAGAAUUUUCUGAGAUCUGGGGCUCCUCCCCAUGUAAACAUAAAGGAGGGAUGUCCCUGGUCUAUGCCAUCCCCAUGGAUGGUGUUGCUGCUGGGCAACAGUGUUGGCUUCUUUUAAGUACCCCCUUCCCUCCUUACCCACUCCAAACUGACUAGCACUCAGAGGGGUCUGUGAUCAAAGGCUCAGCUUCCCUGAGGGUAUGUCAUGCCCUUUUAGACCAGCUGCUUCCAUUAGAUUCCCAGGGACUUAGUCCCAACUGAAAGCAGCAGUGCCUCUGCAUCAGGGCUGCUGGGCUCUGGCCUUCUCAUGAAGAGAGGUCAGGGACAGGGUCAGUAUUGUGGACACAUAUAUAUCUUCCCAAGUUCAACUUUUACAGCCCCUACUGGGACUCCCUGACUUAUUUUGGUUGGCUCCUAGUGCUACUUCUUUUACAAACUACACUUUGUAGAACUGAUUAGAUUACCUUGUUUAUUUAAUGUGAGUUUGUGCCUUUUGUCUCAAUCUUCCAAUACAGGUAUAUUGGGAAAAAGCAGUCUAAUAAAAUCCUAGACAGAGUUUUUGGAGUCCAGCUUAUUGAUGAUGUCCUUCUGUCCAUUUUACAACUUAGAUAUCCUCAAAUUCCCCAAUUUUACCAAGGCAAGAUUAGGAAAAGGUGCAAUGGUGUCUCUGAAACUUUUUGCAAGUGAAUUUUCACAAAUUAAAAUAUUCCCUUUGUAUAACAGAGGGGGUGAACUUGUUCAAAGUACACUGUACACAUAUAUGAAAUUAUAACAAUGAA